AUGCCUUUAUCAGUGUUUUUCUUUGGUUCAAUACUAGGUGUCUCUGCGAGUCAGUGGUACGUAUCUAGACUCAAUGGAACUAUUGAAGACGGUUGUGGCCUAGUAAAGUCUCGCCCUUGUAAAUAUAUCUACCAAGCAACUACGCUUGCGCACGAAGGCGACGUCAUCAACAUCGACGGGUCGGGAACGUCACGUGAUCCAUACCCCUGCGAUGUCGACACAAGAAUGCACAUACAGCACAUAGCCGGUAUUUCGAUUGCCAGCUACACAACUCAAGCUUUUCUUGCUUGUAGAAACAAAAGCUUGCAAUUAUCUUGCGAUUUCAGAAACAGCUCUUCUGGCGGUAUCUUUUUGGAGGGAAUCACUUUCGUAAAUACCUCCCUGAAUCUUGUCGAUUGUUCUCUUAAGAUGUCAGGGGUCAUGUUUGUUAAUAGUUCUAAUGACACUUUUUCUCUUAAUUUUUCACGUGGUUUCACUGGAACUAUUAGUAUUUCUGGGUGCACGUUCUACAACAUCAGUGGCAGUGGUAUCAAGAUUCGCGGUGAUUCGGUGAACUUGAACAUAACAGAUACGUUCUUCACUGAAAAUAAGCUCCGUAAGAACAGCUUAGAGAGCGCGCUCCUGAGUAUUUCACCGCAAAGCUUGUCCGCUCAAAUUCAAGUUAACUUAAAGAAUAUCAAUGUCUUAAGAAACAACUGUUCUGGAAAAGUAUGUAUGGAAAUUCGAUCGGGAAGAAAUGGGCUUAUAAUAAUGCAGAUGAAGUUCGGGAGUAUUGACAAUAACUGUGCAAGAGAAAGUGUGAUUGACAUCAGAGGCACUUCUGUCAUAAGCUUAACGAAGAUUCACUUCAGGCAAAACAUUGGCAGGGCUAUCAACAUUCGUGAUGGAAACUCGGUUCAACUUGAAAUUACUAGGAGUACGUUUUUCGAAAAUAAAAUGGCAAAGUCAAUGGAGGAUAGAGAUGGAGGAGCCCUAAGUGUUAAAGGAUUUAGACAAGAAGCUCUCGUUUUCAUGUCGAGGACACUUUUUCGCUCCAAUGCUGGGAUUAACGGUGGCGCAUGCGCAUUCACUGAGUUAACUUUACUAAAGCUGGACAUCAAAAGAUGUCAUUUUAUUCAAAACGAAGGCUCUGGUACAUCUGCUGCAUCUGGCGGCGCGUUGGCUGUUGGAACAAUGGAUUCCCAUCUAAACAAUGCCACUAUCAAUAUUCACGAUUCAAAUUUCACUGGAAAUAAAAUUUACAGUGUGGAUCACUCACCUAGCCUUAGCGGGGGUGGAGCCAUGGCACUUUAUGUGAAUUACAUGAAAGAUCUCAUACUGAUAAACACUAGAUUCAUCGAAAAUGCUGCCGAACACAAAGUUGCUGGAGCUUUAUACGUUAUGGUGUCGGGAACACUUUAUCAAGACAUUUUAUUCCUUAACUGUGAAUUCAUUAGGAAUUCAGGCGCUGUAGAGACAGGGACCUUGCAUUUAGUUUUGUUAACGUCACCCCAAGCGCGUGUGGCAAUACAAAACACCAAGUUUAUUAAAAACAAAGCCAGUUUUCUCGCCCAAAACGACAUUUUGGUACAGUUCCGAGGGUUCUUGAAGAUCGAUUCUUGUACCAUUCAACAUAACUUUGGGGGAGGCCUAUUCUUUCAACAUGCGGGUGACGUAUCCUUGGAAAAUACUUUGAUAAGCGACAAUGACAACUUUAUGAUAAGUCUCAACGCAGGAAUUAAGAGGAACGCAAGUUUUAAGCUAACCAACGUCUCGAUCCUAAGAAACAACUGCAGACGGAAAAGUAAUAUUUUCCACGUGUCUAUGAAUCAAUCGCCAUAUUCCUUGCGUUUUCAAGGGAGUGCCUUCGAGGACAAUUUCUGCCAGUCAGGGGUGGUAGAGAUUUCUGGCAUGUCUGACCAUUGCCUGGAUACCAGUGUGAUCAGUUUAGGUGCAAUAGUAGCCAUGAACAACACCCUGUUUCGUGGAAAUUCUGGUGUCGCAAAAAGCGCGCUAUCAAUAGUUAACGCUGAUGUAGUCCGAAUUGAAAACUGUUCUUUUAAAAACAACUUUGGAGGCGCCUACGGAUCUCAUUUGUCAGUUCAGCUACGUUCGACCAGAUUAACAAUUUUCAAAACGAAGUUUUACCAGUCGGAAAAGUCUAACAUCUUUAACACAACAGAAGAGCAGCCAUAUAAUGGCUUCUUAAAGGUUACAAGUUUUGGAAACGUAAGUGUUACCGAGAGCUCGUUUAUUUCUGAUCCCCUCAGUUAUGACGGAGAAGGUCUAAUCUUUGUUGAGGGUGCAAACAACGUUUCUAUCGACCAUUCCGUGAAAAUUAAAUCCCCGGUAGGAAGCAAGCUGAUAUUCCAUAACUUUCCACAUUGGGAAACCAUUAACAAGAAGACCACGUGGGUAACAUGGUUCUCUAUUCUAACUAAGCCCUGCUCUAUAAGCACGUACAGUAUAAAAAGGGGCUCAAGUAGAGGUCUAAAAAUGGGGCACAACGUAAAGUGCCUACCAUGUCCCAAUGGAGGCAACUGUACCAAGGAAGUGGCGGCAAGGCCAAAUUUCUGGGGGUACCCCAUGGGUGACACGGUACAUUUUCAGUUGUGCCCACAUGGGUACUGCUGCCCAGCUGUCAAUCAAAAUUGCCCUUACUACAAUGAAAGCUAUCAGAAGUCUGGUUGUCAAGGUAACCGGACAGGGAUUCUCUGUGGCAGUUGUAAGGAGAAUUUCAGCGAGGCGUUAUUCCACACUAACUGUGCUCGGGACGAGGAAUGCACUCAUCUCUGGUACCUGAUCGUAUUUUUCAUUUGCGCAAUGUUAUUCGCGUUUUACCUUAUCCGUAAACCUCCAGUUUUUCAAAAGAUAAUGAAAAUGUUGACAUGGUUCAUCUCAAGUAACAGCCGAAAAGAUUACCACGACGUCAAAAAAUCGGAAAAUGGACAGAAAGCAAUAGCUACGUCAUCGUUUUCUUCCCACGGUUACCUGAAAAUUCUCUUUUAUUUUUAUCAAGUUGCAGGACUGUUGACUGUUCCAUCAUAUGGUGCAGGAGAAUUAUUAACAGAUAAGAUUGUAUUUCCAAUAACAAGCAUUUUCGACUUUAAACUAUAUCCUCAUAGCGACUGGAAUAUUUGCCCUUUUGCAGGUCUCACGCCGCUGACCAAAACGCUGACUCAAGUGUUUGUCGUCAUGGCAAUUUUCUUGGCAAUACUGUUUAUUUACCUUCUGCACAGCGGGCUUAACAAACUGCGCAAGCGUACUCCAGUGUUUCCCUUAAAAGGUCCAUACCUGGGAGCGAUCCUUGAGAGCGUGUUGCUAGGGUACUCAGCAGUGACAAGGACCACAAUGAGGCUACUGUACUGUGUAGAAAUACAGCACGUGCAUCGAUGGUACUACAACGCGGAAAUCACGUGCUAUCAAUGGUGGCAAAAGAGCACUAUAGCAGUCAUUAUUCUGUUUUUAUUUCCCUUUAUAUUCAUGCUUUAUGACGGCUCCUUGCGCCUACAUCGGCGACAAAUUUCAGCGAAGAAGUUUCUACUGGCUUGCGUUUUUCCUCUUCCAUACCUGCUUUAUGCCGGUGUUGUAUACCUAAAGAAAGCGUUAAAGUGGCCGCUUUUCUCCCAAGAACUGAAAUCAAAGUCGUCUAUUGUUGAUCGUGAAACAUCUCUCCAAUGUUCUUUAGAGGCCUCUAUCCUUGAAGUUCUAAGCGCACCAUUUUCCAAGCAAAACCAAGACGACCAAACACCAGGCAAGAUCUACUGGGAAAGCAUCCUGAUUGGCAGGCGAUUUAUCUUAAUCCUGAUUGGUUGGUUCAUGACUCAAACCUUCCUACGGUCUGUGUGCCUUGCCAUCACGUGUCUUAUCUUCCUUUUACACCACCUCCACACAAAGCCCUUUGCAAAGUACUUGGCCCACCUAGCCGAGACGGUUUCCUUGGCAACAUUGGUAGUCAUAGCAAUAUUAAAUGUCGGAGUAGCAUCGUAUUACUCCGCAGGAACUGAGUAUCAAGGUCUUCAAAAACAACAUGUAUACCGCUGUGUUUGGGCCGAAGCGAUUCUACUGGGCGUCAUUCCAUUAACGCUUAUCAUUUUCCUUGCCUUGUUACUGAUGUCGCAGUUCGUUCGGUUGAUGAUGGGUUUAAUAAAACUGAUU